AUGACAUCUCUAGGAAUUAUGACACUGAGCCGUGGCCCGUACAGUGAGCUCGAUAAAAUGAGCCUCUUUCAGGACCUCAAAUUGAAAAGGAGAAAAGUCGAUUCCAGAUGCAGUAGUGACGGUGAAUCAAUAGCGGACACGAGCACGUCAUCGCCUGACUUGCUAGCGCCAAUCUCGCCUAAGAUGUGUGAUAAUACCGCGACGCCGGCGCCAGCGGCGGCUCCGACCUCGGCCCCCAGCACCCCGACCCCCCCGACCAGCGAGGCGGCGCCCAGCAGCAGCACACCCACGGGCGCCGCCGAAUCCAGCGACGCCGGCGCCAUGACGCGCUCGAGUCCGGACUCGGUGGUGGCGGAGGAGAGCCAAGUGGCCACGUCGUCGACCAUCGUGGCGGCGUCGAGCAGCGGCUCCACGCCGAGCGUGAUACGGUCCGUGAAGACUGAGCGCCUGUCGCCGCCGCCGCCCGCCGACAGACCCAAACCGCCCACGUCGACGCCGCAGCAGCACGUCACGGUGCUCGUGACGCCGUCCCGCAUCAAGACGGAGAAUCACCACGCGACGCUGGUGAGGAAGACCUCCCCGGCCGCCACGGCGGCCACAAUGGUGGGCACCUUCCCCAUCGCCACGACCGCCAUCAACCACCAGCGCGACGUGCCCGCGACGUCGAGCGGCGCCUCCUACACACCCGUCAUGAUCCAGACCACGUCGGCUCACCAGCAGCAGCUGCAGAUGCUGCACCACGCCAUCGCGUCCACGUCGCCCCAGCAGAUCAGCCACCGCGCCGAGACGCAGCCCACGUCGGUCACGCAGCUGCAGAUCCCCAUUCAAAUCUCCCAGGCGCAGCCCGUGCGGAUAAAGCGCGAGCGAUCGCCCAGUCACACGAUCGUCAAUCAGGCGGCCGUGGCCGCCUCGGUGUCGCCCAGCCAGUCGGGCAGCCAGCAAAGGGCGACGCUGCAGAUGACGCCGCACUCGCCCCUGCAGCUGCGCCACCCCAUUCGCGACGCCGCCAUUCUGCUGCGUGUGAAGAACGAGGUGAAUCUGCCGGGACUGGUGCAGACGGCCGGCGGCCAGCACCGCAUGAUCUGGGGCGCGAACACGCGCAUCAACGGCGUGAAGCCCGAAAUCAUAGGCGGGCCGCUGCCGGGUCUGCGGCCGCAGGCCCUCGGCGUGGUGCAGCCGCCGACGCAGAAUGCGCCGCAGGUGAAUCCCACGCAGAGUGCCACCAUCGCCAUGCAGACGCCACCGCCGCGCGCCACUCCAACUGUGAUCAUGGGUGAAUCGUGUGGCGUGCGGACAAUGGUGUGGGGCUUCGAGCCCGCCGCGGUCACGCAACUCCCGCCAACGUCCGCCACCACCAUCAGUCCCACGAGCGUGAACACGCCGCCCGGCGCGGCGGCGCAGAAUAACGAGGAGGCGGCCCAGUUGCUGCUCAAUCUGGGCCAGGCAGCGGCGUCACGGGUGGGCGACAUCCGGCCGCGCGCGCCGCCGCCGCCGCGAUCGAACCACCCACUCAACAUGGAGCGGCUGUGGGCCGGCGACUACAGCCAACUGCCCGCCGGCCAGCAGUUGCACGCGCUCAACCUAUCGCAACCCCAGUGGACACCCGGAGGCCUCCAUUUGGCCACCAACAAGGUGACGCCCGCCGACGAUGACGACCAACCCUUGGUGUGCAUGAUCUGCGAGGACAAAGCCACAGGACUGCACUACGGGAUCAUCACGUGCGAGGGCUGCAAGGGCUUCUUCAAGAGAACCGUGCAGAAUCGUCGCGUGUACACGUGCGUGGCUGACGGCACGUGUGAGAUCACGAAGGCGCAGCGCAACCGAUGCCAGUACUGCAGGUUCAAGAAGUGCAUCGAGCAGGGAAUGGUGCUGCAGGCUGUGCGCGAGGAUCGGAUGCCGGGCGGCCGCAACAGUGGCGCCGUGUACAAUCUGUACAAGGUGAAGUACAAGAAGCACAAGAAGUCCGCCCAGAAGCCCGCCACGCAGGCGAAGCUCACGGUGUCCACGGAUGUGCAGGACACGAAGUCGAUGUUCCUAGCGCCAGUGCAGACGUCUCUGAAGCCAGCCGAAGGGAUCAACCUGCCCUCCCACCUCGUGAAUGGCACCAUCCUCAAGACAGCCCUCACGAAUCCCAGCGAAAUCGUGCACCUGCGCCACCGGCUCGACAACGCCGUGUCAUCGUCCAAGGAUCGCAGUGUGUCCUACGAGCACUCCCUCUGCAUGAUCCAAACCCUCAUCGAGUGCGACGAGAUGGAGGACAUCGCCACGCUGCCGCACUUCCCCGAAUUCCUGGAGGACAAGUCCGAAAUUGGCGACAAGCUGUGCAACAUUGGCGACUCCAUUGUGCACAAGCUCGUGUCGUGGACGAAAAAGCUGCCCUUCUACCUCGAGAUACCCGUGGAGAUUCACACGAAGCUCCUCACGGACAAGUGGCACGAGCUGCUGGUGCUCACGACGGCGGCCUACCAGGCGCUGCACGGCAAGAAAUCACCUCCUGGCAGCAAUGCGAGCACGCCGACGCAGCAGAGCUCCUCGCCCACGUCGCGGCCCAUCACGCCGGAGAAGAAUGACCCGGAGUUCGUGCAGGAGGUCACAAAGCACCUGUGCACGCUGCAAACCUGCCUCACCACGCUCAUGGGACAGCCCAUCUCGAUGGAGCAACUGCGUGCCGACGUGGGUCACAUGGUGGAGAAAAUGACGCAGAUCACGAUAAUGUUUCGCCGCAUUAAGCUCAAGAUGGAGGAGUAUGUGUGCCUGAAGGUCUACAUCCUCUUGAACAGAGAAGUUGAAUUGGAGAGCAUCCAGGAGCGAUACGUCCAAGUUCUGCGGAGCUUCCUCCAGAAUUCAUCGCCACACAAUCCUGGAAGACUUGGGGACCUGUUAGCUCAUAUACCUGAGAUACAAGCAGCUGCCAGUUUACUGCUGGAGAGUAAGAUGUUCUACGUACCAUUUGUACUCAACUCAGCGAGCAUUAGGUAGCAGAUGAUUGAGCGGGGCCUUAUGGAACCGGACAAAGACGAUAUUGUGACGAGCCCACCAAGUGUUUCCUCUCACCAGCCCCCGAAAACUGUCUCACCUGUAGCAACCAGCAGUUCGCACGGCCAGAGGAAUUCGGAAUCAGCCAUCCGGACAGUCAUUCAGCAGACACCGCAGCGCGGUGUGAUCAAGCAAUCGAAGCCCGCGACAGUGACGACCGCUGUUCUUGUUAUCAAUACUCUGCUACCUGACAAAUUUGCAAGCAAGGAGAUCAAAAAGGAAUUCAACCCCUGAACAUCCACCACAGGUCAGCGAUGAGCGGUGUUUUCCCGGUGCAAAAAACGGAAAAAGUGUGAGGAGAGGACGAAGAAGCAUCCAAAGUCAGUUUUGGGAUGCAAAGUUUUUGUUGAAGAGAAGAGAAGAAGAUGAAGAAGAAGAAAUAAGACACACAUUUUAUACACACUAGGAAGUCUGAAACAAUGCCUUCAAUUAACAAUUAAAAAACUAAAUAAUGGAAAGAAAAGAAGAAAAAAAAAUAGAAGAGUAAAGAAAAAAACUGAACUAAAUAUAUUAAGUACCGUAGUAAGAGUGUAAAAGGAGAAAUUCUAAGUUUUAUUACGUGUAGUAAAAAAGAAAAAGUGUUAGUGAAGAGACAUUACAGUACAUAUAUUAAAGUCGCGCGCGAACUGGCCUAUGUUUUUAUUCAAGAAUCAUCCUAAAAAAAAAACAAACUGAGCAUCUAAGUGGAAUUUAAAAUAUUUUCAACUACAAAAAAAAAAAUAUACAACAUAACAAAUAUAUGUUUUGUUAUUUUCGCUCACAAAUUUGCAUGUUUCACAACUUCAAAAUGAAGAAGAAUAAGAAGAAAAAAAACCCUAAACAAACUAAUUAAAUUCCAUUAAAUACUCCACUGAAUGUAACGGAUUCUUUUUGAGAAAUCAAUCAACCACAUUUUGAGAAAUAAUUUUAUAUUAUUGAGUCAUUUUUGCAAAUAGAAAACAAAGAUUGUUCAAAUGUUUUCUAUUCGCACCCCUUUUUUUAUAUAUAUAAUAUCGCUUGUGUAUAAAAAUUUUUUUUUGUAGAAUAUUUUUACUCUCUAAGUGAUAAAAGAUGAGAAAAAGAAACACGCAAAAUAUAGAGAACAAAAAAACACCGACAGAUUUAAACGCAAAAUGAAUGUAUAGAAAAGAAAGCAGAAGAAGAAGAAUUAUCGUUACCAGUGAAACCAACACUUAAGAAUAAAGAGAAGAAAAAACCAGAGUUACCCAAGUAAAAAAGAAAAAAACAAGUUAUUGUAAAAAGAGAUAGAAAAAAAAGUCGAAAAAGAACAAAAACUGCCAUUUGAAAUUGCACACCAAAUAAAUGAAAGCUGAGUAAUUUUAUUAAACUCACCACUGAAGACACAUUAAAAAAA